CAAUCUGAUUGAAAAAAUAAAUUAACUAAACUAGGAAAAACAAAUGGGGAAAAAAAUUUCACAAUAGGUGGAUUCAGUCCUAGCAUGUCGGAAAUGCUUGCGCAUACCUACAAGUACAUGUAUUCUGCCACCACAAGGCCCCUUCUAGCCUUUUAGAGCUUGAGGCAUGGCUAACACAAGAGGAAGGGGCUAUUUGGUUUGGGUAAAGUCUGUUGUAUUUGCUCCAGAUUUACCCAUUUCAGUAGCGCUGAAGUAAAGCUACUGGCAAUAAAUGGUGGUUCAUGUAAUGAGAAGUCAUGGAAAUCAGAUAGAUUGGCAGCACACAAUGCCAUAACUAAAAAAAAUUGAAGUCAUGUUACAGUUACCGUAAUAAUAGCCACUUCAUAGUUUUCAUUAUUUCUUCUUUAAUGGAGCUCUUUUCAAGCUUUUACGUGUAGUUAGAGGUUCUAAGUUAACGCAUCCUCAUUGGGCAAUAGUUUCGUAUCACUGGGAGACGUACAUGUACAUGUAUGUUCGAGUAAACCUUUUGUGCAUAACAAAAACAGCCUCCACGGAGUCGCCAAGCAACACAUAUUUAACCUCUGUUGCCACCAGGCUAUCUAGAUUGGUACCAGGCUAUCUACAUGUAGAUUGGCAACCAGAAUUACAUGAAUUAAAAACCAUAACUGCAGUGGCACAAUGCUUGUAUACAGGAAGGUGUGCUUGCAAUACAUGACUCUUUGAUCAAUCACGUCAAUAGAAUAUUGGAAUAUGCCAAACACUGAACAUGCCAAGAGUAUGCACAUGUCAAAUUAAAUGCAGUGCCACCACAUUUAUGGCAUCUCUUUGGAUCAGUCUGUAAGGGCCUACCUAUGCACUGGUGGUGUAUGUACAUGUACAUGUAGGUUCCAUCUCAUGCCUACAGAAUGGUAAGCUGACACAGUGUGUGACUGCCAUGUUUUAAAUUCUCACCCUCCAAGAUAUUUCACCAAACCACAUUUUCACACCUUGCACUACAUGUAGCUCCUCUACUGUUCUGGUUUUGCAUCUAGAAGAGCACAGCAGUUUUCAACAGUUCUCUUGAUACUGUACAUAGGCAGACCAAUCCCACCCGAUGGAGGCAGACCUCCUUGGGAAAAGACCGGAGCCAGAGGGAGGCCUGACAGUCAACCAGGACUACCUGCGAGCACUUAGUGAAAUGGGCAUACCAGAACCCAUGGCAGAAAAGGCACUCCUAAUGACCGGUGGCCACUCGGUGGAGGCAGCAGCCACCUGGUACUUUGAUUGUCCUGAUGACUUGAUGGAUGAACCUAAAGUUGCAGAUCAAGAGGAGCUUCUUCGGCUUGCGGGGGAAGUUGAAACAAAUUGGACUGGGAAGAAACUGCCUACAUGCACACAUAUGGUUGGAGGCUUAUCAGGCCAAUUGAAGAUGAUAUUUGUUGUCAACGAAGAACUGAAAAUGGGCAAAGGCAAGAUAGCUGCACAGGUAGCCCAUGCAUGCCUAGGGCUGUACCGCACACUGCAACAACAUGAAGCCAGUUAUGGACAGCACAUGGUGCAGUGGGAGAAGCAGGGGGAGACAAGUAUAGUACUGAGUGGAUCAAAUACCGAGCAUCUCUUAGAUUUACAGAGGAGGGCAUCAUUUGCAUCCUUGCCUACUCAUCUCACACAGGAUGUAGGGAAAACAGAGGUACCCUCUGGCGCUUGUACUGUCCUGUCCAUCUUUGGGGAUGCCAAAUUAUUGGAUCAAAUCACUGGAACUCUCAGUCUACUUUGACUUCUGCUGCUCCAUUGAAAUGCCUCUACAUGAAGAAAAACCAGAACUCCCCAUGACUUUAUGCGUAGUCGGUCAACUGAUGGCUGAUAAGUGGUGUCUUACCUCUUUUGCCUUAUUUUAACAGGCCAUUAAGUUAUAACUAGGUUUAGCAUACUGCAUUCUCUUGUAUCUUGCCCAACCGUGACCGCCUGGUCUCAGAACGAGGGCAGACAGCAGCCAUGAAAAUUUGGAAAUUUGGCUGCUCUUCUACUGAAGAUCAUUUCUUAAAGCGGUGUUAGCCAUGGCUCUGAGAAUAUGCAAGCAUAGUACAGAUGUGAAGACACGCCAUUACACUGGUAAGGUCUUCAUGACCAGGACGUGUUCUUCAGUGUUUGAGACAACUUCAAAGGCUGUGGUAUGUAAAGCUGUGUUGUCACACAUAUCCAUAGGAAGGCUGGUUCCCGAUGUGUUUGUGUUUUUACACAGAAUAACUGCAACAAGUUGAAGCCGAGAUACAUGUGCCCAUUGGGUUGGCAAGAUGUCUCUAAAAUGUACAAAAUUAGAUGGCAAAACACAUAAAAACUACUGCAAAAGAAAAGCUAAUCUGCCUAUAAUUUGUGCAGGGUGUUAUUUUCUUGAGUGAAUAAGAAACGGCUAAUAGCUCACGCACUAAACACCACCUGCAGUUGUUAAUGUAACAUGUAGAUAUACGAUAUUUGUACCGUAUCUGACUGAAAGUUGUAUGUUUUAAUGGCAAGGCAAUAUAAUCUGUUGGUUGGAUUUGGUUUGAUGAUAGAGUGAGGGAGAAGACUGGCAUCCUUAUCUGGUGAUUGCACAGAAUGUGUACCACUGGAGGGGGGCGAAGAUGGUUGAAGUUAGUGGAAAAAAUUUCAAUGGGGUAUUUAUGAGAAUAUGUCAUGUCUUUACAUCAACACAGUUGAACUUGGACAUUUCUUUUCCAAACAUGUCGGCACCGGCACCUCAUACAAAUCUGAUCUUUUCCCCUUCCACUUCUUUGAAGUCGUACAGUGACCAGAUGCCAUCUACUUUCACUGAGCACGACAGCAAAUGUGGUAUUGUUAAGGGUACCAACCAAGUGCAGCAUAUGAUUCAAGAUAUGAGGCAAAGGGCUCCCCCCCAUUCUGUCUUCUUUUGGUGGAUGGAAUCCUUAGAAUUCCUUUCAGAUUUCAGAGGGGGGGGUGCAGUAGGCACAAAAGCCUUAGGGUAUACAGCUUGUGCAUCAUAUUAGGGGGUCCCUCUUUCCCACAUAUCGUGCUGGGCAUCAAGUGCAGAGUAGCUAAAAUAUCAGGCCAGAUUGCUUUUACAAGUAUAUCCUACAAGAGCAAGGUUAUCAUUUUUGAUCUUGCCACACUCAGGUUUGUGGGCCUUGUGUUCACUCAGUUUGAGGUUUUAAAGUAACGUGCAAGAUAAUUAUCAAUUAUCCUAGUGUUGACAGAGCUGUGACUUUAUGUGAUCAUGGAUACGAUAAGAUAAGUGGCAUUUAAGCAAGUAGUCCUACAAGAACACGUCCGCACUUCAAGCGCACACAUGCCAUGUAUUUAAAGCUACAAGCAAAGAUUUAGGUCAGAGGAUUAGCAUAGAUCGUGGAAGUUUACGUUGACUGGGGAUUUUUAACUAAAAGGACCCGGCACUUAUGACAUAAUUUUUACACUUCACAAAUUUAGUACCAUUUGAAAGAGAAUCUGUAAAAGUAAAAAAAAUCAUCUCAAUACAUGUAGCUUGAUUUUAAGUAUAUUUUGACAACUUUUAUCAUCGAUAAUAGCCAUUUUGUGUGUGUCAAUUUUUUUGUUGAUGGAGGAUAUGUUCGUAUUUCUAAAUGUUCUGCUGUAGCCAUAGCAGCCAUAAAAAGCAAUAUAUGAAGAUGACAAUGUGACUUCGUUAAAAUGACUCAGAUUACCUUAAACAAGGAUCUGGAGGUUUCUUUUCCUUUGGUCCUCCAGCAGUAUGAUGAUGUACAUGUACACCAGUUAAUCUGCAGCACACGUCACGUUGAACCAUGAAGGAUAUCCAGGAAACUCUUGAGAAAGGUAUGGAAGAACAAAUUUAACAAGUGCGCAAAAAAAUUUCAACUCAUGGCAAAUUCAUAAGAGUCACCUUUCUUGGUUGAAAGACACCGUACAUGCCUUUAAACUUUAAUAUGUUUAUACUGUUACCUUUCACUUAACGUUAAAAGGAAAAGCAAUAGAAUCUGCCGAAAACUUCGGUCGCAAUGCUGAAGGAAAGCGGUGCCAGAUAUGCAAUCACUAAUAAUCGAACUUCAUUCAUGUAUGAAGUGGUACAUGUGCAAAAACAAUUCCUUACUUGUUAUUUAUCACACUUUCCCACAACAAUAUAUCUGGGAACAUCGUUUUUGAAAAAUUACAGUAUAAGAACAUAAUUGAUAAUGUUGAAUAUAGGCCGUGCAAGGUAUGACUGCAUAAAAUGGUAACAGUGAAUGAUAAGGGACUUUUUUUUUGUUGAACCAUCAAACCAUCAAAGAACCAUUACUUUUCAUCGCCCUCUGUACUGCAUUGACAUUUUAUUCUCUUUCCAACUAGGAGUGGAUUGGGAACACUGAUGGGUACUCGUUUCUGGUUGAGUGGCUUAAAAAUAACAUAAAUCUCGCAAUGAGUUACUUAAAAUUAAUAAAUACGUCUUAUUCAUUA